AUGGGCAAGUUCAUGAAACCCGGGCAGGUGGUGCUGGUCCUGGCCAGAUGCUACUCCAGACACAAAGUGGUCAUCAUGAAGAACAUUCAAGAUGGCACCUCAGACUGUCCCUACAGCCAUGCUCUGGUGGCUGGAAUUGACCGCUUUUCCUGCAGUCACAGCUAUACCAGAAGCAAAAAGAAAAUCACCAAGAGGUCAAAGAUCAAGUCUUUUGUGAAAGUUUGUAACUACAAUCACCUCAAGCCCACAAGGUUCUCUGUGGAUAUCCCCUUGGACAAAACUGUCCUCAACAAGGAUGUCUUCAGAGACCCUGCUCUUAAACGCAAGGCCCGAGGAGAGGCCAAGGUCAAGUUCGAGGAGAGGUUCAAGACUGGCAAGAGCAAGUAG